AUGUCGUCGCGUGUGAACGUCUUACAGAGCCAGCUUCCGGCGUUCAACCGGAUCCACUCAGCGUACGAGAAGGAGCUGAUCGAGACAGUAAAGAAGUUGACGUCCCCGGGCAAGGGCCUCCUGGCGGCAGACGAGUCGAUCGGCUCGUGCUCGAAGCGAUUCGAUCCCAUUGGCCUGAGCAACACGGAGGAGCACCGACGUCAGUACCGCGCGCUGAUGCUUGAGGCGGAAGGACUCGAGCAGUACAUCAGCGGUGUCAUCCUGCACGACGAGACGGUUGGACAGAAGGCGAGCAACGGCUUGUCGUUCCCGAAGUACCUCACGGCGCGCGGUGUUGUGCCCGGGAUCAAAACAGACAUGGGACUAUGCCCGCUCCUGGAGGGCGCCGAGGGUGAGCAGAUGACGGAGGGCCUCGACGGCUACGCGAAGCGCGCAUCUGGCUACUACAAGAAAGGCUGCCGCUUCUGCAAGUGGCGCAACGUAUACAAAAUCCAGAACGGGACGGUUUCGGAGUCUGCAGUGCGCUUCAACGCAGAGACGCUCGCCCGCUACGCGAUCCUGUCGCAGAUGAACGGGCUUGUGCCGAUCGUGGAGCCGGAGGUGAUGAUCGACGGCACGCACGACAUCGAAACGUGCCAGCGCGUGUCCGAGCACGUAUGGCGCGAAGUGGUGGCGGCGCUGCAGCGUCACGGCGUUCUGUGGGAGGGCUGUCUGCUUAAGCCGAACAUGGUGGUGCCCGGCGCCGAGUCCGGUAUGACGGCGACGCCGGAGCAGGUGGCGCACUAUACAGUGAUGACGCUUGCGCGCACAAUGCCGGCGAUGCUGCCCGGCGUUAUGUUCCUCUCUGGUGGCCUGAGCGAGGUGCAGGCAAGCGAGUACCUGAACGCGAUUAACAAGUGCUCACUACCGCGGCCGUUCUUUCUGAGCUUCUCGUACGCGCGCGCUCUGCAAUCCUCCGCGCUGAAGGCAUGGGGCGGAAAAGAGUCUGGCGUUGCUGCCGGGCGCCGUGCCUUCUUGCACCGCGCUCGCAUGAACUCGCUGGCGCAGCUUGGCAAGUACAAGCGCGCCGACGAUGACGCCUCCUCUUCGUCUCUGUACGUCAAGGGGAAUACCUACUAA